GUUGCUGUUUCCUGUCACCUGCGGACAACAACAUGCCCGACUGACUGACGGAGUGGAGUAUACUGUGAAGUGGAAUGGCUUUCCGCAGAUCAACCUCCUCUACCUGGACAGAGUCGAGAGGGAAUGGCCGAGGCUUCAUCCAAGUGGCCACGGCUCUCAGCGAGUCCUCCUCCAUUCACAGUGACGCCCUGUAUCACCUGACCAGGGAUGUGUCCAUGAUGGGCCUGGACCCUUUGUCCUAUAGCAUCCUGGAAGCAGAACCUUAUAAAGAGGAAGUGUGUAAUGAAGAGGCUCAGACUCUACUAAAGCGGCACAGCAUGCAGACCGACGACAAGAUCCCAGUUGUCAGUUCGGCAUCAAGCCCUCAGGACAGCGGCGAGGGCCUUCAUUUCUCCGAUGGCCGCCGGAAAGUCGACUACGUUCUGGUUUUUCAUCAGCGAAGACACAGCUCCAUCCGGUCCCCCGCCAGCACUUCGGUUUCCCAUGACCGACUGUCCAUCGUUUCCAACGGCAACUUCCCCCCGUCGCUGGGCUCGGAGGGAAGAGUAGGAGGUGGAGGUGGAGGAGGAGGAGGAGGUGGGGAGUCUGUGAGCAUCGGUGAGGUGUUUAUGGAGCUUGACAGUGGGGGAGGGAAUGAGGCGGCUGAGCCUGCUGACCACGAGAUGCAACUGAUCAGGCAAGAGUUUGAGGCCAACCUGCUGGAGGCCGGGCUGGAGAUAGAAAGAGACAGAGAGGUGAAGGCCCACGGGCCGAGCUUCACUCGUCUUCACGCUCCCUGGCCAGUGCUCUGCAGAGAGGCGGAGUUCCUCAAAAUUAAAGUCCCAACCAAGACACGCUAUGAAAUUAAAGAAGAGGGCGCAUUCAGCAGCAGCAUGAGCAGCAUGUGGAGGAAACUCAAGCAGCCUUUCCAGCCCAAAGUGCUGCAUCAGGACCACGGGCCCACAAAGUUCCUCACGCACUGCUUCUCCAGGGACAAGCUCCACCUGUACAACAUCACAUCGAAAGACACGUUCUUCGACAACGCCACAAGGGGCCGGAUCGUGUAUGAAAUCUUGAGGCGAACCGUAUGCGCACGAACCUGUCAAACCAUUGGUAUCACCACAUUGAUAGCAAAGGGCGUCUAUGAUGCUGCAUUCCCCUUACAUGAUGGGGAUUUUAACACCACCGGACACACUGAAGAGAGGAAUGAUCGACAGGUUUUACAUGAAGAGUGGGCCAGAUACUCCGCCUUCUACAAGUACCAGCCCAUUGAUUUGGUCAGGAAGUACUUUGGAGAGAAGAUUGGCUUGUAUUUUGCAUGGCUUGGUGUUUACACUCAGCUGCUGGUGCCAGCCUCCAUUGUGGGAAUCAUUGUGUUUGGCUACGGGGUAGCAACAGUGGACACCAACAUACCCAGCCUGGAGAUGUGUGAUCAGCGUUUCAAUUUCACCAUGUGUCCUCUGUGCGACGGAGCCUGCGACUUCUGGCAGCUCAGCACCGCCUGCGGCACCGCCAGAGCCUCACACCUGUUCGAUAACCCCGCCACUGUCUUCUUUGCCAUCUUCAUGUCUCUGUGGGCUGUGCUGUUUCUGGAGCACUGGAAGCGCCGUCAGAUCAGUUUAAGCUUCAGUUGGGAUUUGACCGGCAUUGAGGAGGAUGAGGAACACCCCAGGCCUAAAUAUGAAACCAUCCUCCUUCAGAAGAGACAGCGGAAGCAGAAGAAGAAGAAAAAGAAGAAAAAGAAUCAGCCAGUGAAGCAGGAGGAUGGGACAGUGACAGGGAAGGACAGAUGGAGGAGAAAACUACUUUCAGCCAUGGCUGCAGGAAUACCGGCUGCCAUUGAAAAGUUAACCUGGAAAGACCGUCUUCCCGGAUAUUGCAUCAAUGUCUCCUCCAUUCUUUUCAUGUUCGGCUUGACCUUUUCAGCAGUUUUCGGCGUCAUCAUCUACCGCAUCACAGUGUCGGCCCUGAUGGCCAUGAGCCCAGACCCCGAGACAAAAUCCAACGUCCGCGUCACUGUGACGGCCACUGCGGUCAUCAUCAAUCUGGUGGUUAUUCUGAUCCUGGAUGAGAUCUAUGGCGCAGUGGCAGUGUGGUUGACCGAGCUAGAGAUUCCAAAAACUGAGACCAACUUUGAGGAGCGCCUCAUCCUGAAGGCCUUUUUGCUGAAGUUCAUGAAUGCAUAUGCACCCAUUUUUUAUGUGGCUUUCUUCAAAGGACGGUUUGCAGGUCGACCUGGGAGUUAUGUGUACGUCUUCAAUGACUACCGAAUGGAAGAGUGUGCUCCAGGAGGCUGCCUUAUUGAGCUGUGCAUUCAGCUCAGUAUCAUCAUGCUCGGGAAGCAGCUAAUCCAGAACAACAUCUUUGAGAUCGGCAUCCCGAAGUUGAAGAAGUUGGUGCGUACGCUGAAGGAUAAAGGAGGAGUGGAGAAGGAAGAGGAAGAGGAGAGGCUACCACAACAGUGGAACCUGGAUUACGCCCUCGCCCCCUUCGAAGGCCUCACGCCCGAGUAUAUGGAAAUGAUUAUCCAGUUUGGCUUUGUGUCUCUGUUCGUGGCCUCCUUCCCUCUUGCGCCCCUUUUCGCCCUGCUGAACAACGUCAUCGAGAUCCGACUGGAUGCCAAGAAGUUUGUUACAGAGCUCCGCAGGCCGGUGGCUGCACGCGCCAAAGACAUUGGUAUAUGGUACAACAUAUUGAGUGGCAUGGGAAAAUUCUCAGUCAUAAUAAAUGCCUUUGUGAUCUCCUUCACGUCAGACUUCAUCCCUCGACUGGUUUACCAGUACAUGUACAGUCACACAGGCACCAUGCAUGGCUUCAUCGACCACACGCUCUCCUACUUCAACGUAUCCAAUUUUAAACCUGGCACGGCGCCACACAACUCUCAUCACGGAGAUGUCACCGUCUGCAGGUAUAAAGACUACAGGGAACCCCCCUGGUCUCCAGAUGCGUACCAGUUCUCCAAACAGUACUGGUGUGUCCUAGCAGCAAGACUGGCCUUUGUCAUACUCUUUCAGAACCUUGUGAUGUUUCUCAGCUUGGUGGUCGCCUGGGUCAUCCCGGACAUCCCGAAAACCAUCGUGGAGCAGCUAAAACGUGAAAAAAAGCUGUUGGUGAACCUCUUCUUACGAGAAGAAAAGGACAAAUUUCAGCUCAUCCAGAGCCUUUUCGCCAAGGAUGCCCCCCACGAGCCAUUACCCAUCCCGGGCCGCUACAGCACCCUACCCCAGUGCCCGACUCAGGCACCGACCGGGGACGAAGGAGGAGGGCCCAGGGCGAGGUGCAGGGCGGCCAGUUUCAGCUUGUACACCAGGAAGAUUCCCCCGUCACCCAGGAAUGAGAAUUCAAGACACACAGCUGUGUGACAAAAAAAGAAUCGAAUCGCAGCGUCAAACAUCAAGUAUGAACACAACGAUCUGAAUGUGUGUCUGUGUUGUUCCCACCUGACCAAGUGUUGUCAUUUUUUUACCGAAAAGUGGGGCUUACAGCUUCAUAGCGUAGACAAGCAAUAAUACUCUAGUAGGCGAAACUGAACAGUGACAAAAACACUAGAUUCAGUCGUUUUAUGGAUGGAAGUACAGCAUUGUACCUUUAGGUGUUGUCACUGGAGUAGUACUGCCGUUGACACCUUUCUAGUGGCAAACAGACCUGUGGGGAAUUGGUACCAAUCAGCCAAUGUGGAACAUUAGUGUAGAUUGUACCUUCAGGGACACAAAUGGCGACCGUGAUGGAAUACUGCUUUAUGUGCUUAAUUAUGCUAGUUGUAUGUAUUUAUUUUCAAACCGAACCCGUAGCAAAUACACAACAAAAGAUUCUAUAUACUUAUUUAUUGUUUGUGAGAGAGCUUCCUGAAAGUGCUUAUUGUUUCUAUUGUCCAUUUAGGGGUGUCCAAAGUGUGGUGCUCGGGGCUAGUUUUGUUUUUUUUAUUGUAAAAAAAAAAGUACUGUUAAGUCAUUAUUAUUAACGAGAUGAAUUUGCUUUGUCACUUAUAGCACAAAGCUAAGAUGUGAAAGUUUUGUUCCGCUAGCUUAUGUUGACCCACAUGUGAUUUGGUUUACAUUUUGUUUCACUGCUUCUGUUUUUUUGUUUUUUUUUUGACACAGUUGUUUCUCAGAUGAAUGAAAUUGUAAACUUUUCAAGCAAAGUCAAUAGCCGCUGUCAAUUUGUGUUUUGGGGCAACUAAAAAAAAAUCCACUCCUUACAUAUUUGCAACAUGCUGCAAAAUGUCCUUUGUGUUCCAGAGGCCUUGUUUCGCUACGAUGACAGAACGUGUGUGUUCUCUUACGCUCCAGCAACAGACUGUUACGUGUGUUUUGAUCGACUUAGAGCAAGCAGAUUGUGAUUGUGGUAUAUUUGUUUGUCCUUCACAAAGACACGUUAAGACUUAUUAGGCUGGUUUAGAAAUUGAGUGUCUAAAAUCAUUUCAAUAUUAUUGUAUGAAAUGUUCCUUUUAUCGCAAGGUUCUUUUUCUAUUUCUCAUCUGCCUUUUUUGACUCCAAAUAGAGAAAGGUUCAAAUGAAAACAAUAAACAUGUAAGAAGGUGGUGGACUUUUCUUGUUGCAAGACCUGCCUGGUCUUCAAUGUUUUUCUUCAUAAAACAGUCAGGCCUGACAAAUAAAGUUUUGUGCGUCAUGUUAUUAUUUUUAGAACUACAUAAUUUGCACAUACAGUACUGUAUAAUAUUUUCAAAAUGCAUCACUUUUACUUCACCAUUCUUUUAAUGCUAGUUUUUUUUCCAAUAGGGGCGAUGAUGAGCCACUUUACCAGUCACGUUGACAUCUAAUUUUAGAAAUAUACAAAUCAUGCACUCUUCAUUCCACGUAAGACGGACUUUUAUCGAUAGCACUAUUUAAUCGAAUGAGGUGCAUUCAUGGUAACGGAAAAUUUGUGCAACCGGUUUAGAAACAUCCAGUUGUGGCGAAAUUUUGUAAUUCCACUGAACGUACCACCGACGUCAUUUCCUGUCCGGAUGGUUACAUUUUUGAUUGGUCACACCUGUCAUGACAUACGUAACUUUGAACAGGGUGAUAUUGCGCUUCCACUUGAGGGCGAUUUUGUCAACAGAAGCAUUCAGAGGAUGUAAGGAAUCAGGCCAACCUGGACUAACAUCACCAGAAAGGGAUGACUGGGCCAAGUAGUGAAGCAGUAAAGUGAUCUGAUGUUGCACCGUAUAUCCAGAAGAGGGCGCACUCUACCCUCCUUAACAGGUGAAGAGCCACCAAAGGAGUUUCCUUCCCAUCACAUGAUCGUCUGACUCAUGAGAGGACUCAGGAGGACUCGUGCCGUUCUCAAAGGCAGUGCUGCGGGACGUCCUGGCGGCCACACGAGUGUCUCCUCAGGCAAACUUUACCCAGCCAGUGCUGCAUGGUGAGGUGCAAGUGAAGGCAGCAGAGGAAAAGAAGAAGCAGGGUGAUAUAAAUAUAAUGCAAGAGGGAGGUGUGUCGGGCUGCAAAGGGCCAGUGAAGCCACCGAGUGAGGGAGCUCCUGGAUGGGAGCUUCAUCCAGAUCGUCUAUGCGAGGUUUCUUAAUGUUUGACUCGGGGCUGGUCAGGGGAGUCACGCUGUUCCUCCUGAUCAAAGUUCCGGGACCCCUCUUCACCUCCUGUACGGAUAAUAUGAAUCAUUAGCUGCAAGAUGCAGGCCGGGCUACUGAUGAACAAUGAAGUAUUACCUCUGGUCUUUCUCUGUGAGUGUUCACCGCCUCCACUUUUAGAGAGAUGGACUCCACUUUGCACCCGUAGGCCACAGGGGUGAGCUUCAGCACUGUAUGCAGGGGACACUUCAGGAAGUAGGCAAGGAGGCAACGCAUGACAGCUUGGUGGCAGAUGACCAGAACGUUCUCCUGACGCUCCAGCUCCAUGAUGACCGGCUCCACCCUCUGGACCAGGUCCUGGUAGGACUAAAAUCAACAGUGGGGGAAAAUGAUGUGCUUGAUUAGUUUGGUUUAUUUUGGCAAAUUGGCUGUGAUGUGAUGAUGCUGAGCAGAUGUCGUUGAGUGGAAGCAUACCUCUCCAGCAGGGUAGCGGUAGUAGUAUUUAUCUUCAUCCCUCAGGGCAAACUCUUCAGGGAAUUUCUCUUUAACCUCAUCGUACGUCAUCUCCUCACACACUCCCUGCAAGGACCAACGUUAAGACAUUAAAAUGGAGACUAUUUAAUGAGGAAAAGAAAAGCAACACCCACCGCAUCUAUUUCAUUGAGAGCCUUCCACUGCUCGUACGGGACCCCCAGAUGCUCGGCGGUCUGGAUGCUGCGACACAACUGACUGGCCCAGAUCUUAAGAUUCUUCGGCUGCUGCUCCUCCACAAACGCCGCCAAGGCUGCAGAAAACUACAACAAGAACGGAGACGACCAUCACAACCCGGCUUCCAUUGACGAGUCAUAUCAUCGCGGGGGUCUGCCCCACCUGUCUGCCCCUCGGCGAGAGGCCGGCAUCACCCCCCAGCCGUCCCUCCAGGUUAUCUGUGCUCUCUCCGUGUCGACACAGGUAGAUGGUACGUGGCUGGACGUGGAUGUUCAUCAGGUAGUAGACGAUCUUGCUCUGGAUGUGGUCUUGGAUGCGGUUGACCAGGAAGCGGCGGCCCACAUCGAUCACCUUGAUGAAGGAUAGAUCCCUGCAUGGACAGGAAAUAAAAGAGCAUGAACGACGUGACAGUGAGCUUGAUUGUGUGCUGGGAAGAUGGAUGCUUACCUGUCAUGCUGAUCAGGGUCUAGAGGUUGGUAGCUAGCUUUGUAACAUUCAAUUCUCCUUUGGAAGUCCAACAUGGCAUCAGUCUUGUUGCAGUCUUUGUAAUCUGGACAGGACACCUUCACUUCCUGUACAGGAAGGAAGACAGACAGUCAGACAUUUGUUUGCUAGGCUCCAAAUCACCUACAAUAAUUGCAUUACUCACCAUUAUAUUGGACGCAAUGACGUUAGGAUCAUCACAGACGGACUCGAUGAAAAAGAUCUGCAGGAAAAAGACAAUGCAGUUGCUACGCUGUACAGCUUCAUCGAUCAGGUCGCCAUAGUGACAACACACGUACAUUAAAGCCAUUCUCACGGCCGAACUGGAGGAUCAUCUCUCUCCUGUCCCUCGUUGUGUUUGUUGCAUCGAAGACCUGCAUGGAGACAUAAUUGUCACUCAUGAACAGAUUUCUAAAAGCUGGAAACAAAAAAAGUGAUGGAAAACGUACCGCUACUUGGCCUCCCUCAUCCUGCAAGUAGGACUUGACGUCCCUCAGGGCUGCUAAGGCACAUUGCCUGCAGGGGAAAGACACUUUUAUGAGUUCUCGGAUUUGCACUGGAAACUGGUUCUUAGUUGUGUGUGUGUGUGUUUACACACUUACUGCCUGAUCUUCACUGCACAUUCAUUUUCAGGCUUAAAGAAAUCAUAGGAGCUGUAGUUCUUGACCGCCUCCCUGCGGUACUCCCCCACGUUGAAAACUGCAGGCGGCAAACAUGAACAUGAGACGUCGCUACCGCUUCACUGUUGCUCCUGAGGGAUUCCUGCUGCUGACGUCCGCCCACCCAAAAACCUUCGGGGGCCCUCUGGACCACUUACAUAAGUUCUGAAUGAGGCUGAGGCACACCGAGAAGCAGGCUUUGACGACCUGUCCGCCGAAAUAACGUCCGUUCAGAUCCACCACAGCUGCAGAAGAAACAAACAAUGAAUGCAUAUCUUGGUCUUCGUCCACCUCUCCCCGGCCCACCAUAUUCUGUAGCACAAAGUGAUUUGCAUAGGGGACAAAG